AUGGUUUUCUUUAAGAAGAUAUUUGAAAAACCUCGCCCGACAGGCGAGGGACCCAAAAGUGACCCGGGGCUUCACGAUCUUAUCGAGGACAAAGAAGCGAAUAAAGCCGCGUCUACUGUAAUCGUCGCGGUGCAUGGACUCGGAGGAAAUUGGCUCAAAACAUGGGAGUCAGAAAAUGACAAAUGGAACUGGGUUCAAUCUUCCAUAGGACCAAGAUUGCUUGAAGAGACUGACGUUACUCCGAGGGUGUUGUCGUUUGGGUAUAACUCCGACAUUUUUGAUACUAAAUCUGUUAAUGAUAUCCAAUCAGUUGCGCAGAUGUUGGUGGGGAGAUUAUACCAUGACUUACAGAUGAUGGACAACAUAUCGCAUAAAGUGAUAUUUAUAGCCCACAGUCUCGGAGGCCUGGUGGUGAAGAAGGCACUUAUUGUCGCUUGGAAUGACAAUGAUCGGUACGGCAAACUGCUAAGUACAAUUCAAGGAUGCAUCUUCCUAGGUGUACCCCACAGAGGCGCAGACCUAGCAUCCUCCGCAAGGCUCCCAGUCCGCAUCCUGCAGGCUCUGUCUGCAGGGUCGCUGGGAAACGACAAAUUUGUGAAAAGUCUCAGGCGAAAAUCAAGUGAAUGUGAGGAUAUAUCGCGAGACUUUAUUCAAAGGGCAAAAGGCCUGCAAAUAAGAACAUUCCACGAAACGGAAAAGUUUAUGAACCAGAUUAUUGUUGACCGGGAUUCUGCUGUUAUGAAUUUACCGAACGAAGUCGUCCAACCCCUUGAUGGCUCUAACCAUCAAACAAUUUGUAAAUUCUCUAGACAAGAAGAGCAAAGGUACCAACCUGUAUGGGACGCUUUGAGAGAAUUGGUCUUGUUUGGAGAACCUAAUUCCCCAAUUGACCGUGAGAUGUUGCCAUCGUCUCAAAAUCCCGGCAGAUUUGAUUACGAAGCCCAGAAAACACAAAUUGCUUCCGUAUAUCCACAUUACACGCAGCGUCCGCAGCAGGGACCCUACAUGAGCGACGAUGAUCAAUUAUUCGGCGUGGAACGGGCUCAUGAGCAUCAAAACACCUACAGCCUGUAUUAUAACAGGCAGAACAGGCGACGGCCCCAAACCAAAAUCAUCUACAGGUGCUGCAAAACGUGCGGUACUGGAAUGCACCACACCGAGGAUUGUCCUUGGCUUGGGAGAGAUAAUUUGCGCUGCUAUACAUGUGGUAGCAAGGGACAUUGGGCAAAGGAAUGUCUCGCUCCAGAUGCGUGUUCUAAAUUUAAGUUGCUCUAUCUAUGA